AUGGGCUACCUGGCUCCUUUGGCUUUCUCCAUGUAUCUCUACUCCAUCUUCCAUUUCGCUGUCCUUCCACUCCAAUAUUUCUUUCAUAUCCAUUCCACCAGAAGACUUCUCUCGAGACGCUCCAUCAUCGUGAAUUAUCCCAUCUCAAUCCGUUCCAUCACUUCAUCUACCCUUGGAACGAAUCGAUGCAGUCUCCAGAGCCAGAGAGCCCAAGGUCCCGGCUCCCCGCUGGGCGUCGGCUCCCUUACUCCCGACUUAGUAAAAGUUCUUAGCUACAGAUGA